GAUAAAACUUAAAACAUGGCCGAUUAUUGACAAAUGUCACGAAUUUGUGACUAAUCUCGAGAUUAAGAACAAAAUCUAAACCAUUCUCGAUGCAGGUUCUUUAAUGGUUUGUCGUUAUUUUUGCAAAAAAAUCACCUGUGCGUCACAAAAAAUCACCAAUGAUCCACGAUCAAUAACAUGGCCUUUGGAAGCAGUAUCUAUGCGGGGGGUUCCUUCUCGUCCAACUGUCUAGAUGAUGUGCCUUUCAGACUUUCACCCAGAUUUAAUCCACCAAACAAGGUGAUUCUGCCACCAGACUUAAACCUGUACUGUUCUUCAAAGUCAAAAGCUUUGAAUGAGGAGUAUUCAUUUGAGGUGGAAAAAGCAGUACUGAAAUGGUCCGCAGAUAAACAAAAGCAAGACGAAAUAAAGCGUGAAAAGACAAUAAAAAGGCAAACCAUCAGAAGGGAGGCGAAGAAGUCUUGCUCUGAACAGGAGGAGACAAGUGACAACACUGAUGGGCCUAUUUAUGAAAAUCAAGAAAGUGUAUUGAGCGAUUCUGUAUAUGAAAAUGCUGGUGCGAUAUAUCCUAAACCUGUUCCAAAGCCCAGGCCGCCGAGGCCAAAUUCAAACUAUGCCAAUGUUGUUGUUCCAAAUUCUUUGAUUGCAAACAUUUCAAAUGACAUUCUCACUCCAAUGCCAACUAGUGAUACAAAAAAACAGACUACGGUGACAAAGUCAAAAUCAAGUGAUUUUGAUUUAGCAUGGUUUGAGAAAGAAGAUGAUCCCUUUGAACAGUUAGAACGUGAGACAAUUAAUGAUCUGGAAGAGUUGGCAAGUGUUUUAAGCAAAUCCAGCAAAGUUCAACAAAGUCAGCCUCCUUUUGAUUCUGAUAAAAAUGAAUCUGAAUAUGAAAUAUGUACAGUGGGUGGGGGAGAAAGUUCUGAUUUUAACAUUCAUAAUGGAGUUGCAGCAGAGUUUCCUUCUGAUGCUCCAACAGAACUAGAACACGAUGAUGGUUCAACAGAUGACACUGACAGUGACGAUCCAAUUUAUGAAAAUGUUGAACUGAAACAAGUGGGACUUAAGAUCAGCCAGAGUGAGCCAUCUAUUAAACAUGCUAAAGAGACUGAUAAGAAAGAAGUGUUGGACAUUCGUAAACUGCCCCCUGUUCCACCCAGACCUGGCCUCGGUAGUCGAGGUGUGCUGCCACCUAUUGGUAGCCGCAGCAGUGAUUCUAUUAACAGUGAUUCGAAAGCGACAACAAGCGAUAAGGCAUUAAGUCAGAGCACAGUGUGUAAUGGUAUAUAUGGUGUUGUGUCUGAUGUCAUACUUUCAAGCACCAACCCUUUCCAAAUGGACAAUAAUUUAGAUUCUACUACACCAAAGAGUGUCAUAUCCAAGCCACAACCAAAUGUAACUAGAUCAAGCCAACACAUGCCAGAACCUGCAAGUGAAAGUAAUAAAAACCUUGAGCCAUCUGUGUCCAUCCGACAGCAAUCAAAUAAUCCAUUCAGUGUGCAGUUUACUAAUCCAAGUUCUACUGCAGGUUUGGUUACUGCUAGCAUUUCAGCUCACAGCAGUGCAGGCCCUAGUCCAGAGAUGACCUUUGUUAGCAGCCAUUUUGGAGGUGACACGCCACCAGUUGUUCAAUCUGCAGGUAAAGAACGUCCUACACCUGCACCAAAACCAGUCCGGUCUCCACCUCCUGUACCAUCGGUAAAGCAGGCUUGGAACCGUUACAGCCCUCUCCCUACCCCUGAUGGUAAUGCAGGUAGAUCUGGGCCCCAAUUGAGGGUGGCACUUCCUGGGCUUGCCAAGCCCACCAGUCCAGACGCAUACAGCAAACUGACGCCAGAGGCCCGGGCAUCUGUGGACCACCUGGUUAACAUGGGCUUCUCCAAAGACAGGAUACUACGGGCUGUGCAGGCUUUAGGCUCUGAUGAGAAAGAGGUUGUGGAGUACCUGUGUCUGGUUGACCAGCUAGUGGAAAAGGGAUACAACAUUAGCCUGGCAGAGACCGCCCUCCUUAUCUUCCAGAACAAACUAAUGGAGGCAUCAACAUAUCUUGAACUGUUCACCCAGCUACGUGAGCUGGGCUUCAAUGGAGAAAAAAUUAAAGAGGCUCUCGUCCACACUAACAACGACAGAGAAAAGACUCUCGACAUUCUGACUGCAUCUUCUUAAAGCAUUUGUGAUUCAAUUACAGAUGAAACACUCUUUGUGUUUUUUUCGCUUAUGAAAUAAUGAGGGUAGCCUUGGUGAAAGCUGAGUGAGGGACUUGCAACCAAAUAUUGGCACAAAUAAAACUAUGUAUAGCUUAAACAUGAUUAAUAUAUUUCUCCUUUAUGAGUUUGUAUUUUGAUUGUUACAUCUUAAUGUGUUGAUGAUUUUAACAAAGACAUCCCUCCAUCACACCCACACAAAUAUCUGCAGUCUCCCUUAACAUCAGCAAACUAAGUAGCUAGCUUUCUUUUUUAAGUGUUCAGUGUGUCAAAAUGAAAGUCAUGUUUUAUUUUAAUUUUAAAUCCAUUUCUAACCAAUUGAAGUCAUAGUUAAUAGUUACUGUGUACAGUUAAUGUAAAAAUCAUUAAUUUGUAAAAGGUUAUGUAUUCCAGACUACUUUGUGAGAAAUUAAUUGCUUUGACAUUUUGACAGGGUGUUUAAAGCAACACAUAGUUUUCCUCACAAUUUUUGUUGUUUUUAAGUCCAUGUAAGUGUUGUUUAAAUUUCACAUGUCUUUCAUUCUUGUUAUUGGUGAUCUUUUAUGCUCUAGUGUGUACUGUUACAAUGUUUAUUUGUUUUUAAAUCAGGUGGCAUUUACCUGCAUAUCUUAAUAUUAUUAUCUUGACAUAGGGAAGUUUGUAGUAAAUUGUGCUGCAAUCGAAAAACAAAAACAAGGCCAAUGACUAAAGAUAUUGUACGUAUGAUUUGGUAUUUAUUGAUGCAUAUAUUUUAUUUAUUAACAAGGUUUCAGAAGGAAAAAACUGGUUAUUAGAUUGGCGAAUGCGGGCGGCGGGCGGAACAAGCUUGUCCGCUCUCUAAUUCAAAAUUUUUUGAUCCGAUCUUUACGAAACUUGGUCAGAAGUUGUAUCUAGACAAUAUCUAGGUCAAGUUCGAUAUGGGUCAUGCCGGGUCAAAAACUAGGUCACGGGGUCGAAAAACAGAUAGAUUUUGAAACAAGGGGGGUAAUUGUGAUGAACAAUCAGAAGCAAUGCACAUUAUGAGUUGCAGUUGUCUCCCUUUAUCAGACUUUUUUUAUACUGAAAACCUGGUUUUGUGACAAUUUUGUCCCUUGUUUCUAUGUAGUGUAUUUAAAUAACAAACAAUUUCAUUAUUAGAGAUUUGGGGAUAAAUUCUGACUUUACUUACAGCAAUGUAGUUUAUACCUGCAUAUAUCAUACUAUAGCAAAAAGCUGCGCAAUAUGUUUUGUGGUAUCAAGUUUAGUAUUUGUUUUACUUUUAUCGUUAUUGUCAAUUUAUGGGAUACACAGUUAAAGUGAAGUACAAGUUGGCUUAAAGGCCUGGUUAUUUGUCACCCUCCUGUAGUAUUCCUUUCUGUUGUAAGUCCAUCAUUAAGUAUCUGCUGUGUUGGGCCCAGCUCCUUGAGCUACGACUAUUAAUUUUGCACCCUUUAUGUCCCAGCAAUUUUUCUGCUGAAAACGGUCACGAAAACCACAGCUGGGUGCCUAAACACAUGAGUAUAAAUCAAAGGUUCUUGAAAAAAUAUGUUUGAUUCUUAUAUAUAUAAUAAAAGGAAAGGUAUCAAACGAUGAUUUCACAGGUGUAUUGAAUCACAUUAUGCAACAGCAUGAAAGAUCAAACAAUGCCCACAUGUCGUGGUUGCCAGCAGGAAGCGUCCAUUUAUGAUGAAACACUGUUUGUUUAAUGAAAAUCCACCAAGCAUGUCCAAAACUGCUUAAUGUUUCACAAAUAUGACCCCAAAAUCGAAGUGUGUAAAUCUCGACUUCCAAAUGUCAGUUAUGACAGAAGGCGAAUUUUGGUCGAUUUGUCACAAUUAAACCAGAACAUUGCUAUAAACUCCACGUACUUUUUCAUGUAUACAAAGACCAAAAGUUUUUUUCAAGUACCUGUGGUAUAAAUACACCAGAUUUUGGGGAGGAGUAACAUAAAGAUGUCAGGUUAACACAUUUUAAGGUUAACAUGUUUCUUAUGUUACUUCUGUGACCUGGGUUAAAAUAGUCUUGUGAGCUAGGUAAGUGGUCACCAUACAAGACAGACGAGUAUUUUCUAGGUAUUCUGUAAUACCCCAACAACACAAGCCAACACCAACAUUAACCCUUUCAGUGCGGGAACCGAAUUUUGAAGGCCUUUGCAAACAGUUUGGAUCCUGAUGAGACGCCACAGAACGUGGCGUCUCAUCAGGAUCCAAACUGUUUGCUAUUCUGAUAGUUUUCUUUGAAAAAAAUCGAAGAAGACAAAUUACCCAGCAUGCAAAGGGUUAAAUGCCUUUCAUACAAAACACUCUGGACUCCUGCAGCUAUAAUUCACUCUGGAUCAACACAUUAUGCAGCAUCAGGUUCCCAACACCUUUAUCAACUUGGAAAUACAUUGGUAAAAUGAAGAAUGAUUAAACUAGGCCUUUAAUUAUGAAAAUGUUUUACAUUUAUGUCUGUGAAUGAUGGCCAAAGUAGGGCAUAUACUUUUUUUAAUAGUGCAUAGAUCAAAUUUUUUUCUUAUAUGUUAAUGUUGUUCCCCUUCAUUUUUAGGAGGCGAACUUACAUUCUACAUUUAGUGAAUUGGACUUAUUAAAGAAUUACACUGAAUGUCCUGCAUUGAUUGCUGGUUUACAGUGCAGAAUAUGCAAGCGUUUUGCUAUUAAGGUGAUUAUUUGAAUUCAGCUUCACCUUUUAUUUGUGAUGCUGGGAGAACUGCACAAACAAGAGAUGUGUUUGUCAGAAACACAAUGCUCCCUAAUGCGCCGCUUUUUGUUGUUGACAUUUGACCUUGAAGAAUGACCUUGACCUUUCACCACUCAAAAUGUGCAGCUCAAUGAGAUACACAUGCAUGCCAAAUAUCAAGUUGCUAUAGUCAAUAUUUCAAAAGUUAUUGCAAAACUUUAAUGUAAGGUUAAAGUUUUGGUGACGGAAUGACAGGCAGACAGGCCAAAAACAAUAUACCCCCGAUCAUUCGAUCCGGGGGCUUAAAAAAACUUUCAAUUAUGUUUUUUCAUUACUGAAUUAGUUUCCAUGCAUGUUUCUGAUAAAGUAAAAUUUCGCAAAAAUGUUAACAUGUUGAUAUAGUAAGGUUAUUAUAAUACGAUUUUAAAUGACCCUCUUUGUGCACAUUUAGUAAGGAAUACUGGAAGCUGAUGAUCAAAGUAUGGACACUGCUAUUGUAUUCUUGUUGUUAUUGUAUUUAUAUGUGAAGUUCUUUGUUAUUUAAACAUUCAUUUAAUUUGCAAGAUUAAUAUCUAACAUAUGUAAUGUAUGGUGUUAAUUACAUGUAUAUCCAUUUAUUGUUGUUGUAAGACUAAUCGGAAGGAGAGAUAUCAGCUUGAUAAAUAACUUAUACUUUGAAGUAUUGUAACUGAGUUGUUUUUAUGGAGGAUUAAUACAUGAAUAACUUACAUUUUGAAGUAUUGUAACAUAUUUUUUUAUGGAGGAUAACACUAGACAUUGUGUCAAAUUCAAGAGUUUAAUUGGAGUUAUUGACUUAGAAUUUGAUUUCAUUUAAUAAUAUAUAAUUCACAGUCAAAAUGGGUGUAAAUGAUUGAUUUUGGUAGCCCGCAAACAGUUGUUGUAGCUUGAAAUUGAUGCUAGAUAUGUGCAAUUAUAACUUUUUGUCAUGCUAUUGUCUUGUAAAUGAGAAAAUUAACAAUAAAAUGUCAAACAAA